UCUCAGCACCAUCCAGUUAAAAGGAGGUGCUGGGCUCGGACAACGCUAGUACGGGUUCUACUUUUGAGUCCCAGCACCUUCUCCAGUAUGAGUGCUGCUCGGCUAUCCGCGGCGGCACAGGCCACCGUGUACGCCUUCUCCGCGCGCCCGCUGGCAGGCGGGGAGCCUGUGAGUCUGGGCUCCCUGCGGGGCAAGGUGCUGCUCAUUGAGAAUGUCGCGUCCCUCUGAGGCACCACGACCCGGGACUACACCGAGAUGAACGAUCUGCAGAAGCGUCUGGGGCCUCGUGGCCUGGUGGUGCUCGGUUUCCCGUGCAAUCAGUUCGGACACCAGGAGAAUGGCAAGAAUGAAGAGAUUCUGAAUUCCCUCAAGUAUGUCCGACCUGGUGGCGGGUUCGAGCCCAACUUUACAUUGUUUGAGAAGUGCGAAGUGAACGGUGAGAAGGCUCACCCGCUCUUUACCUUCCUGCGGAAUGCUUUGCCAGCACCCAGUGACGACCCCACUGCGCUCAUGACCGACCCCAAGUACAUCAUUUGGUCUCCGGUGUGCCGCAACGACAUUGCCUGGAACUUUGAGAAGUUCCUGGUGGGCCCCGACGGUGUUCCGGUGCGCAGGUACAGCCGCCGCUUUCGCACCAUCGACAUCGAACCUGAUAUUGAAACCCUGCUGUCCCAGCAGUCUAGCAACCCCUAAGGCGGUCCUGGUGUCUGGGCUUGGUGAUUGCUGGCUGCACUCUGGGGGGCGGUUCUUCCAUGAUGGUGUUUCCUCUAAAUUAGCAUGGAGAAACACCUGAUUCCCAGGAAAAUCCCCUCAGAUGGGCGCUGGUCUCAUCCAUUCCCGAUGCCUUUCCACCUAAAGAAAGGUAGUUUCACCACUAAGAAUAAAGUGCUGAAUGGCAACGAA